AUGGAAAUAAAAAACAAGGAGAAACAGAGACUCUAUGUUGUGUUUAAAGGUAUGAUACCUGGAAUUUAUUCAACAUGUGAAGAAUGUGCACCACAUGUGCUUGGUUUUAGGGGCAGCUUAUACAAGUCUUUCAAAAGUGAGGAAGAGGCUAUUGAAGCGCACCAGGCUUUCUUUGAAGGAAGGUUGAAUGAAGAAACACUUUCCAACGACAUUGGUGUUGAUUUUGUCCAUUCUAUGGCUGGGAAUUGCAAAUGGAAGAAAGAAAAAAGAAAGAGGUUCUAUGUUGUUUUCAAAGGAAAUCGACCUGGGGUAUAUUUCAGCUGGGAUGAAUGUGCACCAUAUGUGAUUGGUUUUAGUGGAAGUUUAUACAAGUCAUUCAAAACUAAGGAUGAAGUUGUUGCUGCGUUCUACGCUUUCUUUGAUGGAAAUCAGAAUGAAGAAGGAAGUUCUAGUGUUAGAUCUAUCGGUACUUUUGUCUCGGAUUUAAAUACAAACUCUGGUAAAAUGGAGGACACUUAUGCAUAUAGCAGCUUAAAUUUGUUCAUUUUAGGAUGUAUAUUGGAUUAG